AUGUUUGAGGUAAUAAGCCUUAUUUAUUUUGGAGAUGGAACUGGUCUUUCAAAAAGUAUACAAUUAGUAUUUCAAACAUUGUUUUCAAUUUGGCAUUCAAUGUUAUUUUUAGUAUGUUUUCAUUUAGUUAGAAAUAAAAAAUCCUAUACAAAUUUAGGAUAUACUGUAUUUAUUAUAAUUUUAGUUCACUCAUUUGCAAAAAUAGUUUCAAAUAUAAUAUUUAUUGUUUGUUUAGAGAAUGCGACAAAUUUAUCAGUUACAAUAUUUGAUUUUGCAGAGAUGAUAUCAAUGAUAACUUAUUAUUGUAUGUAUGAUAUUGUAUUGUUCUCAUGGAUAGAGGUAAUACAUUUAGUACAUAAUUUAGGACAUGGUCAACAUAUUAUAAAGAGAUGGAGAAAUUUAUUUUGUAUCUUUACGGCAGUAUUCAUAUUAGUAAUUUUCAUAGUUAGUGCAUGUUAUACUAAAAGUGAUAUGGAUGUUGCAGAGGAUGUAUUUGGUUAUGGUUUAAUAUCAAUUUCAGCAUUCUCAUUUUGUUUAUCAAUUGCUUUCUUGGUAUAUUGGAUUAGAUUACAUCGUAUGAUUAUGUCAAUUCCAAAUAAUUUACAUACAAAUAGAGUUAGAUUUUUAGGAAAAUUUGGAGUUUUAUCAUUUAUUUUUAUAGUUUGUUUGGAUGUAAAGAUUGCACAUUAUAUAAUUAAUUUAGAUAAACCAUUUCAAUCGAGUAUAUGGGAUUUAUAUGCAUUAAAUUAUUUACCUGAAGCAAUUGCAGUAACAUCUGCAUUAAUGUUUUUCAUGGGUUCAAAAAGUCCAACUAAUAAUGGAAGAGAUCAAACUGAAACUGAAAGAAAUAAUAUUAAAAGAAGAAAAGAAAGAGAAUCACUUUUAGAAAAUAGUAUUGGUGCUGGUUUUGAUAAUCCUAUUAAUAAUAAUAAUAGCAAUAACAAUAAUAAUAAUAAUAAUUUAAAUAGUUUUAGUUCAAAUACAGAUACAACAUACAGUAGUAAUGAUAGAUCAUUCUCUUUAAAUAUUUAA